AUGUCUUCCUCUUCUGCACCAGUUAUUCCUUCCUUCUCUGUUCUUGAUUAUUCCAAAUUCGCCUUAGCAGGUGCUAUUGGUUGUGGUGUUACUCAUGGUUCCAUGACUCCUAUUGAUGUUGUCAAGACUAGAAUCCAACUAGAACCAACUGUUUACAACACCGGUAUGGUUGGCUCCUUUAAGAAAAUCAUUUCUCAAGAAGGUGCUGGUGCCCUCUUGACUGGUUUAGGUCCAACUGUUUUGGGUUAUUCCAUUCAAGGUGCUUUCAAGUUUGGUGGUUACGAGUUGUUCAAGAAGAUCUUUAUUGACUACUUAGGUUACGAUACCGCCUCCAAGUAUAAGGACGCAGUCUAUAUUGGUUCUGCAGCAACUGCAGAAUUCUUUGCCGACAUUGCACUUUGUCCACUUGAAGCUACUAGAAUUAGAUUGGUCUCUCAACCAACUUUUGCUAAUGGUUUAGUUGGUGGAUUCUCCAGAAUCUUAAAGGAAGAAGGUGUAGGAUCCUUUUAUGCUGGUUUCACCCCAAUCUUGUUCAAGCAAAUUCCUUAUAAUAUUGCAAAGUUCUUGACUUAUGAGAGAGCAGCAGAAGCUAUCUAUGCAGCUGUUGGUACUCCAAAGGAUCAAUUAUCAUCAACCGCUACCACCGGUAUCAACUUGGGUGCAGGUGUCAUUGCAGGUUGUAUGGCUGCAUUUGUCUCCCAACCAGCUGACACCUUGUUGUCCAAGGUCAACAAGACAAAGAAGGCACCAGGCCAAUCCACAGUUGGAUUGUUGAUCCAAUUGGCUAAGGAAUUGGGUGUUAGAGGCUCCUUUGCAGGUUUACCAACAAGAUUCGUCAUGGUGGGUACUUUGACCUCCUUACAAUUCGCCCUAUACGGCUCUAUCAAGGGUGCUCUAGGCUGUCCUGCAGUUGUUACUCUUAAAUAG